GAACCCUAGCUCCCGCAACUGCCGCCGCCACUCCCACGCUCGCAGCCAUGCCGCCCAAGCUCGACCCGUCGCAGGUGGUGGAGGUGUUCGUCCGUGUGACCGGCGGCGAGGUCGGCGCAGCGUCUUCGCUGGCCCCCAAGAUCGGCCCGCUCGGUCUUUCCCCCAAGAAGAUCGGAGAGGACAUCGCCAAGGAGACGGCCAAGGACUGGAAGGGCCUCCGCGUCACCGUCAAGCUCACCGUCCAGAACCGGCAGGCCAAGGUCUCCGUCGUCCCCUCCGCCGCGGCGCUCGUCAUCAAGGCGCUCAAGGAGCCAGAGAGGGACCGCAAGAAGGUCAAGAACAUCAAGCACAGCGGCAACAUCAGCCUCGACGACGUCAUCGAGAUCGCCAGGACCAUGAGGCACAGGUCCAUGGCCAAGGAAUUGGCCGGCACCGUCAAGGAGAUCCUCGGUACCUGCGUCAGCGUCGGGUGCACCGUCGACGGCAAGGACCCCAAGGACCUGCAGCAGGAGAUUGACGACGGCGAGGUGGAGAUCCCGUCCGCUUAAGAAGGAUUGGUGUCCAGGACUGUGUUAUCUUUGCUGCUGAAGCCAUUCUCUGCCUAGAUUUUCUCAUAUUUAUUUGAGGUGGGGGUGGACGUGGACGUGGAACUAUGGAAGUUAUCACAGCGGAGUUUUGCUUAGAAACUUUGUCAUGCUUUAAGUCUGAGACAAUUUCUGUCAAAUUUUAUGAACAUUCCUAGGUACAAUCGAAGUUACCAGUGCCUGAGUUUUGUUGGAAUUUUUCAUGCGAUGUUUAAAAUUUGACUAUAUUGCAUGGCC